AUGAGACUAUUUAAGAAAAAACUGAAUAUAAUAAUUGAAGGAAUUGGAAAAUGCAUAACCAUGUCAACGUCUGAUGAUAUUAUUUAUUACGAAAACCAUAUAAAAUCUCAGAUAAAAGAUGAAAUAAAACCAUUUAUCGCCUACUUUACUAUAUGGAUUCAUAGAUUCAAUACCAAUUCCUCUUGAAAAUCUGCCCUGAGCAAAAAUGUGGAGUCAAUAAAUCAUUAUCGAUUAUAUGUCAAAAAAUACAUAAUUUUUCUCAGGGAUAUAAAUGCCAUUGAUAAAAAAUUCGAAAAUAUCAAAAAAAUGAGCACAUUUUAUAAUAGUCCAUUUUUAUAUCAGAUUUCUAGAUUUUGGGCAGGUAUGUGCUCUUUCUACACGUAUAAUAUUGAGACACAAGAAGAUAAAUUCAAAGAGCUCAGUACAGACCGAGACUUUGGCGUCCAUUCCGUCCUCGUUUUGCUCCCUGACAAUAGACUUUUCAUUUUUGGAGGCCCAAGAAAGACAAGCUCUGGAGUUGCCCGCAUCAUUGAUUUAGCCACUUUUCGAAUAAAACGCCUUGGCAAAUUAAUUCCACGGCAAGACCCAGGAGCUCUCUAUUAUCAAAAUGCUAUUUAUAUAUUCGGAGGCUUCACAAAAAGAAAUCGACACAAUUUACUAGUACAGAAGUAUGAUUUUUCACGAAAAAGAUGAAUGGUAUUGAUGAAUUUGCCUAAAAAAUCGGAUUUCUGUGUAUGUGCACCAUUUAUAAAUGGAAUCUUAAUAAGUGGUUUUUUGCAUAAAUGCAUAUAUAGAUAUGACAUUAAUUUGGGAAAUUAUAUAAAAGUUUAUAAAGAGAACGAAAUAUUUGAAUGGGAUAAAGUAAUGUUUACUGCAAGAUACAGGGUUUAUUUAUUUGUUAUUAACACUGGAAUUUAUGAAAGCGAAUAUUGGAAUGAAUUUAAUUGAAAUAAAAUUGCGAAUGGUGCUAUGUCUCAAAAAAGAAGCAAUGGGCAAUUUUCAGCGACUUAUUUUAGAGGGUCUAUUUAUUAUCAUUAUGCAGAUAUAGAGUGCAAAUACUACUAUAAGUUUGAUUUAGAUAUGAAGGUGCAGGAGAGAUUCUUAAAGUCCAAUUAUAGAAAGUUAAAGUUAAUUGAAGAUGAUUCAUAG